GUACAUUAUCGACGGAUCCUUUGUGGACACAAUCACAUUUCUUGAGUCAGUCAUUCCACUGUUGUUCAUGGAAGUGAUUUCUUGCCCACACAUGCAUUCAUGAUUUAUUUUCAAGUAAUUUCCCAAAUUCAGAUUGCACAUUACACAAAGAUCUUAAUCCCUGGCUACGACAGACGUCAGCGCCCUCCUUACGUCCUGCAGCUCCCUGACGGGGAAGCAUAUGAUGUCAUCACGCAUCGUUUCCAAACAAUGCUCAGGAAAAAGCCACGUUGACGAUCCAGACUGAAGUGUAGUCAUCAAUUGCAGGCAGAAGAAAGCAGGAUUUUGUUUGUUAGACGCUCCGGUUCCUUCUCCCUUCAGACUCCAGAUCGGAGCCGAGAUGUCAUCACCGCCGAAGGAGAAAGUCGAAACCAAAGGAGGACACCCCCCUGCAGUGAAGGCAGGAGGUAUGAGAAUAGUGCAAAAGCACCAGCCAGUUACUGCCUCAGAACCAACCCAGAAAGAUGACAAUGAGGAGUAUGUCAGCAGCAGUCCACCAAAGGCCCCCGUGAUUGUGUCUGGAGUGGUUACAAAGGGGGAUAAGGACUUCACCCCAGCAGCUGCCCAAGUGGCCCACCAGAAGCCCCAGCCUUGUGUCCCUAAGCUGCCCCCUGCCCAGCACAUCAACCAACACAUCCACCAGCCCCGCAAGUGAGUCAGGCAGCAUGCUACAAUGGCUACGGAAACUCCACCAGCCGGCCUUCCCAAUGGAACACAUAGGAUGAAGAUGUUUCCUCUAAGCACAGAUCUCCUCUAAAUAAUCAGAGUAAUUUUGACGCCUGUUGCAUUACAUGCUACAAGGAAUUUGAUAGCAACCUAAUGCUAUUGCAGCCGUUGUAGAAGUCCCACUUAUUACACCUUAGCUGCAUUAGUUCUGUAAUUUUGGGUCCUCUCCGUAAAAUGGAUUGCUUUUACAGUUGUAUUGUCUUAACAUGGUAUACAUUGGCACAGGGUCUUCUAAAAUGGCUAUCUUUCUUGGAUUAACUAACCGAGAAAUUGAUCUUAGAUCUGAGUCUCUGGGCGGAACUCCCACUCCACCGAGCUGACCAAUACCACAUCACCGCAGCCAGCCAUUCACAGCAACCUUUCAGUCAGGCCAAUUAACCAACCAGUCACCUCACAGUGAUGAGCCCAGGCUCCAGCCUUCUACCUAUGAUCUUCACAGACCAAAAGAACCAAUCAACAAAAUUGGACACCAGUUGUACAUUAUCACCACAAACCAAAACAAACACAGAAAGCAUCUUCUAAAUUGCAGGAAUCAGUUCGAUGUCUAGAGAAGAAACUGGACAUUUUCAGUUUUAUAGAUGCCCUAUAAGGAGAACAAAUGAAAUGCAAAACAUUACCAAUUUCUCUGUAAUGACGGCUGUUAUUACCCAAGUAGCUACUUGAUGAAUGUCGUUUAUGUCAUGACUCCAGAUAGCCACCUACAGUUAUAACAGAAGUUAUUAUUGCUUUUUGGCCAUAGCAAAACCUUCUAAGUUUUUGCUACUUCUAUGUCAAAGUUCUUACCUUUAUUUAAUAGAGAAGAGCCUUACUCUUCCCUGAUCUGCUCUCCUAGCAAUGUUAACUAAUUUUAAAUGCAAACUCGACCUGCCUGUAAAUGUUUUCCAGCAGUGCCACAUUUCUUAGAUUUCAAAAUGUUUUGUCUCAUUUGACUCACAUGCAUUCACAUUUUAUCUGCUACACACCAGAGUCCACUGGAAUGAAAAUGCAGGCAAAAAUGUAAUACAGUCUAAAGAAAGCUAUUUACUGUGAAGGAGUUGCAAAAUGCUUUGUGUUUACAUUAACAUUAACAAACAUUACAAGGGAGUAGUAUGCUUUAUUAAAAGCUGAACAAAUUAUUGCAGAAAAGAGCAGUUCAGAAUAGUGAGGCUCAAUUGUAAGAUGAAGGUAUAAACAUUAACCCAUUAGGAGUAGAGCACAAGUGCAAAAAUGGCAAUUUCUGCAUUCCAUAGAAAAGUGUUUGAACAAAUAUGUCAACUGUGUGCAAUACAUUCAAUUUCUACAAGCCAGGGUAUCUGCAGAUGUGGCUAUUGGCAUAUCAGAAAUCUGUAUCAGCCCCAGAAAUCCAGGUCAGCAUUUCCAUAGAAAUGAUACAUAUCAACACACACAAACACACACCACCCUUUUCCUUAAUCACCUGUCCCCUUACACUCACAUGUCAUUUGUUGCAACAGUAAUGUUCAGGUUUCCAGGAAAGAAAGAAAGAAAUUUACCUUGCCAAGAAUGAAUGAUCUCCUGUGUUAAUUUAAUUAAGUUUAAAAGAGUUUUUUUUUUUUUUUCAGUUCUUUUUUUCAUAAGUAAAUUGUUCAAAUUGUAAAAUUCUUAAUCAUUGACUGGACUUAGGUAUUAGGUGUGGUUGUCAUAGUAAAUAAAGGUAUAGACUAUCUUGAAAAUCCCUUUUCAAGCUUGUCUUUAUUUGAGUGAAAUGAGGGAUGACUGGAUAGAAAUCUUGUUGUCUUGAGGCUCAGUUGAAACAUUUGUCAGAAAAAAGAUUUUUAGCUCAGUAAUCGAUAAGGUGAAUGAUAUAGCUCUAUUAGUUUGUAACCUUUGAAGACAAAAUGUUUUUUAAAAAGUUUAAACUAGUCCUGCUCACCUAGAGUAUUUGAGCAUCCCAUGGUGAAUAAGCACCCUGGGGGAUUAAGGCUCAGCUGGUGUUUUGAAAUAAAAGAGAAGCAUCUCUGCAUCUCUCAGAAGAGCUAUCUGCUGUUUUUCUCUUCAACACUCACACACACAAACACACACACACACACACAGUGCACCAGGUGUUGCAUGAAAUCCAGGAAUAGAAUGAGAGUGUCACACAGCUAAAAUUGUAUCAUACUGCCCUGCUAAGGAAUCAGUGUUUAUAUGACUACGAAUUCCACAACGAAGAUGGUAAGAUGGAUUAAGAUGUUUUCUUAAAUACUCAGAAUUUCGGCUAGGAAUAAACUUCAUUGCUAAUCUAGCUAGUACACAUUAUGUCAGUAUUUUGCACGUGACACUGACACUGCAAAGAUUAGUUCACUUAUAACUAUGAUCACCCAUACAGGAGAAGCUGCUAGUCAUGGUGCUGCAUAAAAAAACCUAUUAAAAUUAAUUCAACUGUGUUUGCCUAUUUAAAUUUACCUUAUAAAUUAAAAUGGUC